UGAGAUAAAACGGGGGACACAAGUUGAAGAGCAGCCUCGCCUAUGAGAUGAGGACGUUUUCCUCUCUCCUUCCCCUUACGCGCAUAACAGCGUUGACCAUUUAAACGAUUUGCACCAAAUGAGUGAUGGAAUAAACGAUCGUCUGUGUGUCACGUUGUAAGAAGGCAAUAUUCGGUAACGCGGACUUAACUUUCUUAAAAGGGAGAAACUCCGAAGUGAAUUGGUGAGGCUGGAAUUGAGGGACGCUACAGAAUGCCGUGGCGUUGCGUUUUAGUUAAUUUCGGAAUAUAACAGCUUUCCUCUUAAGACCAAGGAUUUUCAUAACACGUCUCACAAGUCAACCAAAUGAAUGAUCUGGACAUAACAUUUCAGUUGCAUCGUUGACGGAUUCGUUCAGUAGUGGAUUAUGUUACGCAAAGCGGUUGACGUCUAAACUGAUAAUUAAAUAUACUCGCAGCCUGUGAACAAUUUCCUUCUAAUGUCCAAGAUGAGAAAAUUACGGAUUGACAAAGCAAGCGCACUACAAGUCUGCCCGAUUCUCAAAAUGCUUAUUUUGGCUUCGUUCUGGAGAGGGAUGGAGUGCCGUGGCUCCUCUGACGGCCAGCAGAAGUUCUCAGCCCUGCCCAUCUAUCUGCCCGUGACCUACCAGGUGCAGAAUGCUGAGUCAUUCUUCUUCUUGAAGGAGGCGGGACAGGAAGUGUUGCGGAACGGCAGCCUGCAGAGCCGUGCCGAGCCCUUCUUUGUGCAUCUGACCGACGGCAGCAUUCCAUCAGUCAACUGUAGUUACGGUAAUUUGACGGCAGAGGCGUCGGUGCCUCUGGAACUGCUUCAGGCGACCCCACCAUUGCUCCCUGGACCCAGACUUGUCACCGCCAAUUGGAAGGUACAAGCACACCUAGUGACGCCUCGUGUCACCGUCAAAUGGCCACGGAUGCAGGUACUAUUCUACUUGGCAGGGCGCAGCUGGGAUGAAGAGCCUGUUCCUCCUGAGCUGCUGCCCUGUGUGCGUGUUGCCGCCCUUCUGGAAGCUGGGGAAACUGCAGGUAGCUGCCGUCUGGAAGGCAGCCUGGGGAUCUGUGUGGUGGAGUUAGAGCUACCGUCUGGGUGGUUCAGCGUCCCACUUGGUCGCAAAAAGGGGACAGGACCAGCGGUGGGUGCCGCAGAACUCUUCUAUACCAUUCAGCCACUAGAGGGCAGCAAUAAGAACUGCGGGACCAAGGAGUUGCCAAGGGCUCGGAAUAAUGGCCCUAGAAAGGGUGGUGCUACGCUAUAUAGCCACAGGAUUGGCUCGGUGGAGCUCGUGAACAAUCCAGAGGAAGCACCCCAGCUGAACAGUCUCAUUUUGGAUGACAAUGUCGAGAUUCAGGCCCCAGCCAGACCGGUAAAACAAGGACAGACAGUGACCUUUCAAGUCAAUCGGAGGUCUGGGUCCAUGGUGGAGCAGUUCAUCUUGAGAGUCAUGUUCAGCGAAGGAGUGAGCUUCGUUGGCCUGAGGCCCAGUGAGCAAGCAGACUGGGAGGCAGAGAAGGAGGCGCUUCCAGCAGGCGCUGGCCUGUCAAUCUUCUGCUACAAGAAGCCUGGUUCAACAGGGGACAGGGCGAAGCGUUCCGCCCACGAGGUCAUGCGUGUAGAGUUUGAGAUCGACAACUUCAUCAAUGUGCAGUCCACUCAGCCGGUGCGGUGGCAGAUCGAGUACCCAGGAUCCACUGCGGCAGAGGCAGAGGGAGUGUCUAACCUGUACAUCAGCCAGAGAGCUCUGCAGGGCAUCGUGCCUCUGGCAGAGGACACAGAGAUCCUGAACACGGCCAUUUUGACGGGCAGACGGGUGGCAGUGCCAGUGAGGGUGGUCACAGUGGAGGAGGACGGCACUGUGCGUGAGCUGGACGAGCCCAUCGGCUGCAGCUCCACCAAUGAGGACGUAAUUAAGGUUUCACCGACGUGCAAUGCUGUCCUGGUCAACGGCAAAGAAAUAAGCGGCAAGCAGGCAGUACAAGUGAACUUUACCUUCCUGCACCUGAGCGCCCAGCUGGGACUCACGGUGUGGGCUCCCCGGCUGCCGCUGCAGAUCGAAGUGUCGGAUGCAGAGUUGAGCCAGGUGAAGGGCUGGAGAGUGCCAAUCCUGGCCAGCAGGCGACCCACCCGUGACAGUGAGGAUGAUGAGGACGAGGAGAAGAAGGGCAAGGGCUGCACACUGCAGUACCAGUAUGCCCUGGUGAGGGUGCUGACACACUUCGUGGCUGAGCCGGCCGAGCCGGGGGGGCAGCUGGCGUACAUGCUGGGCCCCGACUGGCAGGCAGACAUCACGGAACUGGUGGUGGACUACUUCAAAGUGGAGGACCCCCGCAUCGCCAGGCUUGUAGACGGCAGGGUUCUGAUGGGGAGGGACCUGGGCAUCACCACCAUUCAGGUGCUAUCUCCUCUCUCAGACUCUAUCCUGGCAGAAAAGACAAUCACGGUGCUCGAUGACAAGGUGACCAUUACAGACCUUGGUGUGCAGCUGGUGGCUGGCCUGUCUCUGUCAUUGCAGCCCAGCCUGGCGAACAGCCACACAAUUGUGGCCACUACCACUGCCCUGGACUUGCUGCAUUCUAUCAAACAGGAUGCUGUAAUUAGCGCUUGGAUCCAGUUCAGUGAUGGCUCUGUGACACCACUCAGCAUCUACGACUCCAAGGAUUUCACCCUUACUGCUACGUCCUUGGAUGAGAACAUAGUAUCCACCUACCAGGAGCAUCCACUGAAGUGGCCAGUGGUGGUGGCCGAGGGGGAGGGCCAGGGUCCUCUGAUCAGAGUGGAGAUGGUCAUCUCUGAGACCUGCCAGAAGUCUAAGAGGAAGAGUGUGCUGGCGGUGGGCACAGGGAAUGUCCGCGUGAAGUUUGGGCAGAAUGAUGUGGAUCUCAGGGGCACAGAGGAGGAGGAUAAUGACAACCUAGACAAUGGGACCAGUGAUCGCAGGCAAAAGACCUCAGAACUGGACAAGGCCAAUCCUGACAGCUGGAAGUACAACAGUGCCUCCUCGGACCGUGAAGAGGGGGCUAUGAGAAAGGUCAGCACUACCACCAAGACCACAAUUACAAGCCAUGCUGGGGGCAGCAAGCUGGCAGGAGGCACUGGGGGACAGGGUGUAAUCAUCCCUGUGGACCUCACCAGCUUCCCUGCGCAGGUGGAUCUUCCAGGUGGAGCUGAAAGCAACCUGUCCCAUGCCAGUAGAGGGUUGUCUGACCUGGAGAUUGGGAUGUAUGCCCUCUUGGGUGUUUUCUGCUUGGCCAUCCUAGUCUUUCUCAUCAACUGUGUGACCUUCGCUUUCAAGUACCGGCACAAGCAGCUGCCAGUGCUGGAGCAAGGAAACAUGAACCACGCCCAUGACUGGGUGUGGCUGGGCAAUGAAGCGGAGCUCCUGGAGCAUCAUAGGGACACGUCCCCUCAGCCGGAUGAGUGCACCACCAUCAUCGACCGUGGCGAUGGCUAUGAGGAGAGCAAAUACCUGCUGAAUGGUGGAAUUCAGAAGAACAUCCAAGGCCAAAUCCAUCGCCCUGCUGACCAAGGGCCCUGCAAUGGCAAAGACCCCAAGUCCGAGUUGCUCAACAACUCGCCCAGCGCCAAGCGCAAGAGGGUUAAGUUCACCUCAUUUGCCACCAUCCUUCCAGAUGACGGGGGCCCGUACACCAACUCCAUCCUAAUAGGCAAUGAAGAUGACAUCAAGUGGGUCUGUCAGGACAUGGACCUAGGGCAGUCCGCAGAAAUCAGAACGUACAUGGAGAGGCUACAAGACAAUCUGUAACGGGGGGAGUGACACGUGAUUUUAACUCACCUAUAAUGCCUUUUGUUUUGAAAAAAGUAGAGAAUGUUGAAGUGAAAGGGUGGGGGAAUGUGACCGAUACGUAGGAAAAAGACUGAGAGAAGGUACACUACUUCUCAACAUUAUAUGAUGGAUGGUGAAUGUGGCCAUUUCCUCGGAGACAAAAUGACAAACAAGAAACAACAGGUAGAUGGAUGACGGACAUGAAAGGAGUCUUGCAAAGAGCAAAAUAAGUGAUACAAAAUCAAAAAAGUAUUUUUUAUUCAGGCAUAUUUUUUUUUCCAUUAAGUUUGUUUAAGAUUUUGGUUAUUGACUUUAUGAUUUGUACUUGUUCCUGAAACACAUACACGGACAAUUGGACAUGUGUAUACUAACUAUAGACCUUUUCCAGUGAAGGGUAGUAAAACAUAAAGGACAUUAGAAAUGUUACCAGGAAAACAUGAGAACAUGGCAAUAGCACUAGAGCCCUUUUACUCUCCUUCUUUUUAUUCACUGUAACCAUUCGCACCUUUGUGUAUAUCCACGGGUCAAGGUCAAUGCAAUGUAUUGUAUUUCAUUGUUAAAAUUAUUUAUUUUUGUAAUAUCUGAUGGCAUUCUGCUCAGCAUUCCAAAAAUGGAAUCUUGAGUGUGGAACAGUGAGACUUUGGCCUAAAAUGAAUCCUCCACCAGUGAAAGAAAACUGUAGAUCUGCCAGUGAGAAAACAACUGUGUACAAAUACGAGUUUUAUUUCCCAGCAAACAGUAGUGCAAAUGAGACCAAAAUGGCAUAGAAGAUAAGUGGACAAAGUUUCAAUGAUGUGGUGGAGGCACAGUGCUUGGGAAGCCUACACACCUCCACCUGGCAUGGAAUGUACAGUGAACAUAUUUGUACUGAACUACUGCAUUGUGCAUAUCCAGUAGUGCAGUGCCCCCAACUGAAGCUGGUGCAGGAGCUAACGUGGAUAUUGGUGUUCUGCCAGUCUCCAUGAGUCUGGUCAACAACAUCAAAGCUGCAGAACUAAAGAAACUGGGAUAAUUGUAAAAAAAAGACUACUAGCCUCUGGAUCUCCACGAUGGACAUAUCAAGACACAAACUGCACCACCUGCUUGCAGGAAUGAAAAUAGAAAGGUCAUUUUUUUGGAAUAGUUUAGCAGUUUCCCCUAAUGCCACCUGAACCCAAGAAAUGAAAGCAGGACCCUAUCCUGAAAGUGAACGAGGACUGUCUGUAGGUCACCUAUGGCUGUAUGUGUUCACAUUCUCCUUGUCAAGGUGUGCAGCCUUUAGUUGCUCCUUCAUCCUGUUUUAAAGACUUCCCUACAUUUUAAGUUUAUUUAACUGUUUUACCUUAAUCGCAAUGUGUUCACCUGCUUCUGAUCACUUAUAUUCGUAUGCCACAGGCUGGCAUCUCCAGUUCUCGAGAGUCACAAGGUAUGCAUGUUUUUUUCUAUUAAUUCUGUUAGAAUUAAUUAGCCUUGACUGAGCUGAUUGAAUGGAUGGCAUGAUGCAAAUCACAUUAAACCAACCCUAUAAUUUUUCAAUUAUGUGAAAUUGGAGUUCAGGCAAUAGUACACCUGUGCAGGAUAGAUGAAUGAAGCCAAUCUUUGGCCCUUAAAUAAAUCAGUCAGAUUAUAUCCAUUAUUUCAAAUAUUCUGGUUAGUUAGCUGCUUUUUGUUAUUGAUUAAUUGAUUAUUUGAUUGAUUUAUUGAUUGAUUGAAUAUUAAAUUCUGUGAUAAUGUACUCUAGGUUGAGCAAAUUAUCGCAAUGAAUCAAAUUAUGAGAAAAUAAUACAUUAACACAAACAGAUCAGUGAGAGAUCUCCCAUCUGUAGACUUACCCUUCUCUAACGUAACAUGAUAAAAAUACAGUAGAAUCAUUUCUGCUAUAACGCCACAAAUGUGUUUCCCCCAAACCUCACAUUAUACAAAACGAUGCAAUAUAAAAAGGUUUAUAGAAAAAUAGGGUUAGACCCAGAGCACUCAAGAGCUAAACAAGCCGGUAACCAUUAUGGUUAAAACACUUCAUAGGAUGAACCAUUUCUUCAGGUGUCAAAGUUUAUUCUAUGUGCAACUUUAUAAGUUUCGCAGAUACUUUUCUGUUGUUUGCUUGUAUUUGCAGCCAUGUAGUAGAUUUUGUGAAAAUAAGUAGGGGCAUGUAUGUUCCCCAUGCUCUAUGAUAAUUUGGCACGAUUCGGCUGCGAUUCAAUACUAUUUUGAUCAAUAUAAAAUGUAUUGAAUGUUCAUAUUUAUGAAAGAAAAACAUAAAUCCAAUCAUAUUAGUUUUGCACAGCAAAAAUCAUUUGGCUUUAGGUAAGUGAAGUUGAUCGUAAGAUCUUGAUAUGAAAACAGAUUAUGUGCAAUAAUAUUCAGUAAUAGUGUCAAGAUGGGUGUAUCGAUUCAUGACAUCUUUAUCAUCUUUAUUGUUUUUGGCUGAUUUCCUUCCUCCUAAAUUUCGGCUGGAUUGGAGAUUUUGAAUUGAUGCAGCUGCAUGGUUGGACUUGGGCUGGAUGUGCGAUUCAAAUCACUUUUUGCUUACACCCAUAAAAUAGCACUUCCCAAGCAAAGCUAACUGAAGGCUCACUGAGAAUGCAGUGCUUUCCUCUGUGGGAAAGCCAGCAGAGAUCUGCAGCUUCCAUCUGCUCCUCUUUCAUAAAUUGCAUAUGCCGCAAUUCACAUUGUGGGAACAGGUGUAAUAGCAAAGCUGCCUAUACCAGUAUUUCCCAACCCAGUCGUCAGGAACCCACAGACAGUCCACGUUUUUGCUUCCUCCCAGCUCACUGCCAGACAGUCCACAUUUUUACUCCCUCCCAACUGCCUACCUGGGAGGAUUGGGAAAUACUGGCCUAUAGGGAAUGAAAAUGGUAUGUACCCUUCAGCCAGCACAUGCUGACUUAUGUGAAUUUUAUUAAAUUAAAUUCAUUAAAUCACUGGACUUAUUACAAGCUGAGAAUCAGCACACCUUGUAUUUCUCAUGGACUGGAGCGCCACGCUUCAUAUAUGUGUGGUGGGUCUUCUGGAUGUUGCUUCUUUAUGUAACUUUAUGUAAUUAUAUAUUCACUCGUGUAAUUACUUUGGAAUCUUACGUGUUUAUUUUUUGUUUAAUGGCUUAAUGAUGGUAGUCCUAAUAUAUCACAGUCACAUAACAUAAUUAGUGCUAUAAAAUAAGAUCCAGAACACAUAACAUACCAUGUACAAAUACACAUUUAUAUUAGGACUUUCAUGAUAAAUGUGUUAAAUCGGCACAAUUAAUGUAAAUGAGUAAAAUUCAUUAAAGCUUUUCUGUUCACAUCUCCCCCCAUUUAUCUCACCAUUUACAUGACCUGCUGUCCCCCGAAAAGCUCAGGUGUAAACCAGUAUGCAUUGUAGAUUAUAAGAAUGUAAGAUGUGUUCAUAAAUAUUAUCCAGGAUUUGUUGUAAAUAGGAAAUUGCUUUACCUGUGUAUUUAUAAUGCAAGCUAGCACUGUUAUUGUUAAUUUUGUACCCGUGUAGUGUGAAUCAAAUCAACAAAUAAGCACCAGUGUAAUAUUCAUAUAGCAAACUCAAAACAGGUAUUAUUAGCUAAAUGAGUUAAGGUCGGAUCAUUUUAUAUUUUUAUUUUUACGAAAGCCAACUGAUUAAUUGUUCUAAAUAAACCAUUAAUUAUUCUGGCCUACAGGCAGUUGACACAUUAGUUUUUGGCUGUUACCUAUAAGGAAAUCGUACAGCUGGGUGGAAUGAAUACAAUUAGUUUUGUGUAAUCUGAUGGAUGCUUAUUGGUUGUCUAGCACAAAACCUGAAACCCACUGGUGAUCAUAAACACAGCCACUGGACCUACAUUCGUACUGGGGAAGGUGACCCACUGUCCACUGAUUCUUCCUUUAGCAAAUCUUUUAUUGACACCACAGCCAAUGAUGGUGAUCUAAUUUAAAGUGGUAAAAAUGGUGAAGCACGUGUGGCGACGUCAUGGCAUUAUUUUCAUUAUGACAUCGCACAAGUGACGGCUUUCACCCUCAACAAUCAUGGGGUGCAGUCAGGCAGACAGCCAGCUCCCAAGCCAUUCGUGGAGACACAGCUAAAAGGGAACAUCUUCUGCUUUAUUCCAGAGGUGAACAUAAUAAAUAUGGCUUUUCCGCUGUGCAGGACAAAAAGGACACAUUUCUUGGGUCAGAGAAGGAGAUCAUCAUUUUUUUCUGUGAUUUCACCCAGUUUUCAUAUUCCCCUUUUUGUCAUCAAUUUAUCUUGUCCUUUUUUGAAAUGUCAUAACAUGUUUUGAGGUGCAAGGGAAUGUGGAGCUGGAAAAUAAAAGAUGUAUAUGUAUAUAA